AACUUCAGCAAGUUAACUUUCUUUUUUGCAGCACUUGUUGCUUUAUUUUAUCUGACUGAAGCAGGUAUAGGGCCUACGGUGGGUCCUUGCAUGCUAUCCUGUUUCGACAAUUACGUUUGCGAUCGCUACACAGUCGACGUAGUCUAUGCAAUAGUGAAUGAUCGUUGUCUCGUGUUCCAGAACAUUUGCUUCUUGAAGAAAUUCAAUUGCAAACGCAUCAACCAAUGCCUCCCAUCCGUUCCACAAACUACGUACAGAGGUUGCUACAGCGCCUGCCAAUUCACGUGCAAUGUCGCCGAAAGUCUUGGGGUAUGUGCUACAUUCUACGAUGCCAGCCAACUUCUUGGAACUAAGAUCAGUUUUGCAAGCAAAUGUGAAGCAGAUAAGUACGCCUGUCAGAAUCGUGUUGCUUAUACUGAGAUCACUACUGGCUUUUGUCCUUAGAGCAUCAACAUUAAUUGGAAAUAUUAAUAUUGGAAAAUAUAAAGCAAUCAGCAUAAACUUUAA